AUGAAUCCGCUCCUUUUUGAGCGGGCCUCGGGCAACAUCGGGCCAAAUGUCUUCGCGUCGAUCCAAGCCACGUCGCUCUUGACAUCGUUCGCCCAAGCCCCCCGCUUCCGCUUCGACGGCGGUGAACGUGCUCCUCCACGCCCGGGUGAACGGAGUGGCAGCGGUAGCGGCAGCAGUACCGCCGGCGCAGCAGCAGCCGCUGCUCCCGACUUGGUUCCAAGGUCGCUUUGGGCGCACCAGGCUGGCGUGAGCGCUUUGGCUCUGGAGCGGUUCGACGGCAGGAUGUGA